AACGCUGGACGGGUUUCGCGCAUGCGCACAUCGCAGUUUAUUGCGUGUCAUGUUGAAUGCUAAAACUGGGUAGUCAACAUGUCCACCGCUGCAGCUCAACAAAACAAUAACGAAGAGCCCGGGCUCCACGGCUCCUGGGUAGAGUUGGAGCUGAAUGGGAAUACAGGGGCCCAGGGCGGGCAGAGCAGCCUGCUAAUGCCCCCAGCUGCAGACCAAAUAAAUGCGAAUGCUGGCAUGAGUCAAACAAUGCAGACCUUGGAAGUGGUGCCUGAAAGCGAUGAAACCCUGAUUGGAGGUCUGGAGCAUGUGCCAUCCUCCUCCUCUAUCCACAACGGAGACAUGGAAAAGAUCCUCCUGGAUGCACAGCAUGAGUCUAGCCCAAGUAACUCCUCCUGUGAUAGUCCUCACAGGCCACCAAGUCCAGAGCAGGACGAGGGUCAAAUCACGUUUGAUGUGGAGAUGUGCAGCCCGAGGGGUAGUCAGUCAGAGGAAGAUGGUCUAGAGAGGGACAGAGAGGAAGACAUCUUGAUGAACAAAGAAGUAGACUGGGUCGCUGAUUGGUCGAGCAGACCAGAAAACAUUCCACCAAAGGAAUUCCACUUCAGGCACCCCCGACGUUCGGUAUCCCUCAGUAUGAGAAAGAGUGGGGUGAUGAAGAAAGGUGGCAUCUUCUCUGCUGAAUUCCUCAAAGUCUUCAUCCCUUCCUUACUCAUCUCACACAUCCUGGCUCUUGGUCUCGGGGUGUUCAUUGGGAAGAGAAUCGCCACAGCCUCCACCAGCUCUUUCUGAGUAGAAAAUGAAGCAGUGCCUGGAUGUUCUCCUGUCUCCAAGUCUCUCUACCAUCCUCCUGUAGUCAAGCUCGCUCUCUGCAUCUAUCGUGCACCCUCAUUUCCUACCCAAUCAGCAUUAAAUCAUGUCACAUUGUAGAUGUAGUCAUACACCUGACUUAAUGUGGUUGCACUCCAUCAGACUUUAACGCAAGACAACAUCGUACACGCAGUUGUCACCAACUUGAAUCCAGUCGAUAGGAAACUCAGUCCGAGCUGGAAAAUACUAGUCAUCCUGCUCAACUCAAAACUAUGUGACAAGGAUCUGAUGUCAGGUGGCUUCAGGGCUGAAAUUUCUUUUACUUGUCUUGAUGUUUUAUCAUCAUAGGAAAUCUGGCCUUUUCUCCAAAGCUGCAUCCCUCCUCUUGUGUCUUAGUAGGCACAGUGUGUGAACCAAUAAUACGCAUUGUAUCUGCAAUAUAAACUGAUUUAAUUGGCCCUAUGAACAGAAGGGACUUUUAUCGCCUUAACGUAUUGAGCUUAACAUUCAGGGUCCAGUGAACUGGGGGUGGGGGACAAAUGAUGUGGCACAGUGGGAUCAAUUUUUCAAUUCUGCACAUUCUUGAGAACAGACGUCGUAUCAUGUUGAAACCCCAGAGGGUAUAAAAGCUUUGAUUUUUGAAGGUUGGAAAGCUUAACCAUUUUUCUAGUAUGUAGCUCCAGAAUUUUGCAGUGAGGUUGUUGGAGUAUAUUAUGAUAGUGAAUCCUCGGCUGGAAGGCAAUAUACCAGGCCAUAUGCUAUUUUUAUUUGUUUUUGCCUACAUAUCUUCUUCUUUAACACAUAAUAUAGCAGCAAUGGCAAAGUGCCAAAUUUUUAUUUUUCACCACUGCACAUUGGUGAUAUAUCUUAGACAGGUUUCUUUUUUGGUUUUCUUACAUGUUUAGGUAUUUAAAGAUGUAGAUGUGAAAAAUAAUUUAAGCUGUGAUCUGCCCCAUGUAAUAGACACCUUUCGAUAUUGUAUAAUUUGUUUAUACAUGCAUAUGAAUGCAUAUUAUAUCUUAUGCAUCGUGGCAGUGUAAGUAAUGUGUGUUUCGCUGUUGUUUAAUUGCCGAAGCUUCAGUGGCAGGAACCACCACCAGAGAGGAACGCAUUUCUAGGGGCUCCGUUUAAAAGUGUUAUCUGACUUUUAUCUAGAUUUCACUGUACAAUAAUUUCACAUAUUAUGAUACAAUAAAUAGCGUACAGUGUCUGUGGAACUUCAAGAGGAAUGAUGGAAAUGAUUUCUGGAUGAAAACGCAUGCAUUUCCGUUCAUUGAAGGCUGACUGUUUGUAUAUGGAUGAGAUUACAACAAUAUGAAAAACCAUUGAGUAUAAUGUACAGUACUGGCAGUCCUGGUUUUAAGACACUCCACAUGCAUCUAGGCUUUAACGCAUUAUGUAACUCAUACUAACUCAAAGUGUACAUUUCAUCAUUACAGGCUUAUGUACAGGUCAUCACUGUGCAAUACAGAGCAUUUUGGAAUAAAGUUUGUACUGUA